AUGUCCAAAGAAGUCAAAAAUGGAAAAGUCAGACUUGUGCCUGGAGAUAUAAUUAGAAUGGGCGAUGGAAGGAAGCUCAGUGAAAAAUUUUAUGAACAUGUUAACAUUGGGGCUUAUUUGCACAAUUACACCGGGAUUUGGACCCUGGGAUUGGAUAUGUUGCCAACAACUGGGCAACGAACUUUAAAUUUGUUUGUGUAUAAAGGGUGUGCAUGUGGGAUGGAGGCAUGGGUGGGUUUUUAAA